UGAGCUGCCUAUCAGUGUUUAGCAAUAUCAUGAUGAUCCUUUUUGCAGAUAGAAAUUUUAACUGCAGUUUCGAUGAUCAGCAGUCUUAUUAGCUCGUAGACUGUGUUUAUGUUAUGUACUCUUGACUAUCUUAUAUAGAUAAGCGGCUACAUAUGAGUGUAGCCUUAUGGUAACAUUGCCUUCAGAAGUUAUAUUCAGACUAGCUGUAAGCAUUCCUUGGAUGCUGCUUCUGUUUUGUCUGUUACAAUAGCUAGAUGUAUGAUUUUGUUGUUUCCUGGUUCAGUUCAUUUGAUGAUGUGGAUUAUGCCAUGUACACAAAAGGGUCGAUAUCUAUUUCUUCUAGCUACUUGUUUAAUCGAAAUGACAUGUGGCAUCUUAGUUUUAAGUAGUCUAACUAAUGAACAUGGUUGGACGUUUGUGCUAAAAAUAUUAAAAUAAAUGAAUUCAUUAUAACUGAUAAGAGAAUUGGAGAUUUGGAAAUAGCUUAAUAAAUUCAGAAAAGCAAUAAAUAGUAUAGAGGAGGUGUAGGUUAUUGGGCUUAUGCAGGAGGUUACAUGGACAAUGUGUGGCAUGUGUACAUACAGAGAUGCCUGACACCCUAUGCAUGCAGUCAUGGGCCACUUUUAGAUAGUAGCAAUGCUGCUAUGUUUGGACAAUUAAGCAUGCCCAAUACUAAUUAAAAAAAGACAGUUUAUUUGCAUACUUUUUGUUAAUGCUCAUUCUCGACUCUUUGCUUCCUGGUUUACCCCAUGUCCAGGUCAGGAUAUAUUGCUUCUUUAUUUGCUCAAUGGAACUGUCUUGUAAUUAUUGUUUUAUUUUUUAAAACAUUAGAUACUUUUAAUGGUUUAUGUUUAAUUCGUAGUACAAGCUUAAGUGGGAUGAAUUGUCAACCGUACUUUUCUGUCUUUAAAUUGUCUGCAUGAUCCUCGAUGAAAGCAAUUUAUGAAGCUGACUAAAAAAUCUGAUUUUCAUGCCCAUUGAAUCGCUACACGAGGAUUAGUUGAGCUCUAAUUUGAGAAGGAAAUCAAUAAGAUGCUUUGUGCACAUGCAGCUUGCUUUGUUGCACUGAACUAAAGUGAUUAUAGGAAGUUAGAGUUCCAUUUUCCUCUAUCAUAACUUAAAACAAUGCCGAUAUCUGAUCAUGAAGAGCUGGGAGUUAAUCUUCUAGCUCAGCAGUCUGGUGAUUCUAUUGCAGGUGUUCCCAUCAAGAAAAGACGAUUCAUUUUAUCUCAAUUUUCAUCUCCAACUCAAACACCAUCUUUGCCGCCAGAAGAUUCUGAAAGACCAUGGAAAAAGUUAUGUAUCUUAGAGGCUGAGUCCUCUGCUUCAGAAAGUAGUGCCCAGCCUGCUUUAGGGACUGAUUUCAUCACCGAUGGUUCCUUGGAGGCUAAAGGAGAGUCUCUGGAUAACAGAGAUGUAGAUACGGCUUGUGGACAUGAAAAUCAUAUGGAGUCUAAUGUUCAGGAACUGGAGCUUAAGACUGCUGCUACUGCUAUCAAGGGAACCAGUGUUGUGAAAGAUUCAAAUAUGGAUGACAAAUCUGUUUUAUUGUCUGGUAUGCAAAAUAAUCAACUUUUGUCGACACUCAAGGGGCCAUCUGAGCUGCCCGUAGGUGACAGUAGUGGUGAAGAGAAAUUUGCUUCAAGUGAUAAAUCUGCAUUUCAAAGAGUUGCAUCAAUGUCUGGAUGGCAGUUAACAUCUUCAAGAGAUGGGAAAGAUACUGGAGAUAGUUCUGUGAAGCAGGACAAAGUGGAUCAUCUGCCUUUGGGUGUGAGGCACACUAUUAUUCAUAACAACUGUAGCAAUUUGAGUUCAAGAUUUGAUCCUGUUCAUCACUGUGUAAACAGGUCAAAUUGGGACUUGAACGUUCCAAUGGACACAUGGGAUUCCUCAGCAAGUGUUUCAGUCAUGGCGCAAGAUGGGCAUGAUGGUUCAACUUAUGGAGGUAUGCACAAGAAAAAGCUUGAGACACCCCCUGUGCGAAUGACUCCUGGAGAAUCCAGUAACAUGCUUCAGAAAAGCAACAGCCUCAGAGCAGGCAACUUUUCUAGGAGUUCUGAUGAUCAUAAUAGGGCUGAUGUUGGCCUAGAUUUGCAGCUAAAACCACCUAGUAGACCUGAAUUGCGCAUCAACUGGGGAGCUAUGGCUCUUCCUGAUCUGAGUUUAUCAUUGGCAGGCAGUACAAUAGAUAUAUCAAGUAAAGCUGUAAAGCCUGAACCUUAUGAGGAGGCAAGUCAAAAUGACUCUUGGAAAGUUGAGACAGUUAGUCUGAAGUCAGAAGGUUUUAGGCAUGUAAAACCUGAGCCAUGUGAUGGAAGUUCUCAAGGCAAAAAAGAUUCUGAAUUAGCGUGUUCCAGAGACAACAAAUCAGCAUGUGCUGGAAUGGUGAAGUCAGAGCCACCAGAAGAGCCUUCUCAAGAUUCCCUUAAGAGACUUACAGGUAAGUCACCUGAUAUCGAGAGUGAUAAUCAUAGAUUAAUGUCAUAUCAUGCAGAGGGGCGUCCGGAUGCAAGUGAAACCAAGGCAAUGGAUUUGAAUUCUGAAGCCGUUUCUGUUGAUGAUGAUCUUCAUGAUGGCUCAAAAAUGCCUGUGAGUGCAGGGAUACCUGCAAGCAAAAGUGGAGGUGCUACUGUAGGUUUGGUUUCUCAAGCUGUCAUUCCUGAUUCUAACAAAAAUGACCGUGGAGAAUUGCAUAAUAGCGCUUGCCUUUUCCAAGAUGAAGAAGGAAAUGAUAUUAAGACUUCAGAUUUGGCAUCAAAAUCCCAGAUUUCUGAGGAAAAAGGAUUAAAUUCAGUCAGUGAAACAUGUGAAGUUGCUGGUCAGGCUUCUAACUCACUUACUGAACCUGUAGUUUCUGGUGGGGAGAAGGAGCCUGCGGUAUUUGAUGGUAUGUCUGAAGGGAGUGCAGAAAUGGACUGUUCGGAUGAUGAUAAUAAUAUUGCUUCAUCAAAUUUAGUUGCAGUGGAUGAGCAUCAAGUGGAUUCAUAUGGAAACAGCAAGGUAGGUGAAAGUUCUCAGGAGAGGAUUCAUUUAUCUGUUGAUAUUCAAACAAAAAAAAGCAAUUACGAUGGACAUGGAUCAAUUAGUUUUCAUAAUGCUAAUGAUGCUAGAGAGAAAACUCUUAAAAAGAGAGAUGGUGAUGAUGAGUAUGAAGACAGGGUGAGAGACUCUAUGUUAAUGUCACAUGGUGCAAAUAUGAGUUUGCCCAAGAAAGGAAGUAAAGAUGUACUUGGUAAGGAAACUGUUGACACCUUUGGACCUACAGGUAUGCCAACAGUGAUGCGGUCAAAUAUGGAUGCAAAGGAAAAAGAAACAGAACUUGACGAGAUGAAGACUGGUCACAGUACUGAAAAAAUAAUUCGUGUCUUAUGCAAUAGUAACAAUGAUUUAAACUUGAGUUCAACAAAAGAUGUGCAUGAAUCAUCAGUUAUGGAAAUCAAAAAAGCUUCUUCCAGUAAAACUAAAUUUAUUAAGACUGCUCAUAAGAUCACAGAGAAUCAUCCUCUGAAGGAGAAAGGCUCAGAAUUGACAUCAAAAUCAACUGGAUCAACUAGUGCAAAAAACAUUGCAAAAAGUAGCGAGGGUGAUAAAGGUCCCCGACACGAGGAUACCAGAGGUUCUGUUCCAUCUUCUAAGCAUUUGAUUUCAUCAAAAAAGAAUUCACCUUUAAAUGGUGUUGCAAUCAAACAUAUUGAUGGUUGGGAUAGGAACAGCGAAAUUAAGAAGGUAAAUUCAGCUUCAAAUAGAUCAUCAUUUGGAAAUACUAAGUCUCCUUAUGCCAGGUCAAUUUCGUUUCUAACUGAGAGAGAAAGAUUAACCGAUAAAUUGCAUUGGCGGGAGAGGCCACAACCUAGGGGGGCAAGGAAUGACAGGUGCAGUGACCGGACAUUUAAAUAUGAAAGCGGGAAGAAUGAACAUCAGCCAGUUGAGAAACAUGGAUCUGAUUUUAUUAACAACAGGAAAGCUGACGACCGGUUAGGUGCUUUAUAUUGCAAUCGAAAUUCUGGCCCUCCAGGCGAUCCUGAACUUCAUGAGCAGAAAUUUUUCCGAUUUUCAAGGCCUUAUAGUAGAGGUGAAGCUGCCUUUGCUGUUGAAUCCGAUGGUUCUGUGAGAAAUACGGGUAGGAUCGGGAGAAGGCUUCUGGAAAAUGAACCACCACGCCUUUCUCGUUUUCCACCUAGAAGGCGGUCUCCUGUACCUAGAGAAGUGCUGGUACCAUCGGAUGUCCAAAUUGCUGGCCCUUCUGUGAGAGAUGUUAGCCCCAGUAGGUAUAUCGGGAGGGAUGUCCCUGAUCCUCUUCUACUGUCCCGUGAAGAGAAGAUUAUGAGAGCUUUGCCAGAAGACAUGAUGGAUCCCUUACCAUUCCCACACCCACAUCCACGCCUGCUAUAUGAGCAUGUUGACAAUGAUCUCAUUCGGAGACAGAGACGGAGCCACUCACCUAUUCACAGAAGGAUUCCUGCACGUUUCCAUCGAGCACACUCUCCUCAUCAGUGGUCUCCAUCUAGAAGGUUAUCUGAUGUCUUAGAUGGACAUCCAGAACUAAUAAGAUGUAGAUCACCACCUGCUUUUAGAAUGGACAGGCUGAGAUCACCUCAUCAACGUCCCUGUUUUCCUGAAGAUGUGAUGGUUAGAAGGCAUGGUUCUCCUCCUCCUUUCCCUAGAUUACUCGAUGGUAUGAGAGAUAUUCAUCCUUUGGAGGAGCAUGAUUUGCCAAGGCCUGGCAGGGUUUUACAGAGGAACAUUAGGAGGUUUGAUUUUGUUGGCCCUCAAGAGUCUGCAGAUGAGGAGUAUUUUGGACCUUCUUUCCCUGCAAGUCAACUUCAUGAACUUGAGGGGGAUGACGAAUUUGUUGCAAGAAAGAAGUUUGAUGAGAGACGUGGUUUUCUUCAUCCUUUCGUACAGCGACCCAUUGUUUCAAAUGAUGGAGAGAAUUGCCUUCCGUAUCCCGUUGAGGAUGGUCCAAGGCCUAUUAGAUUUUGCCCUGAAGCUGAAGAAAUGUUUCCUGAUAGAGGCAGUCCUCAAGACUUUGAUGGGCGCAUUGGAAACCGAAUUGGGAACAUACCCAACAGACUAAGAGGCAUGGCAGAGCGAGGUGAUGAUUACAGGUACCAUGGUGCGCCGGGAUGGCAUGAGGGUGGUUUAAAUGAUGCCAGGUUAAAGAGGAGAAGGCUCUAAUUUUAUAUUGGUAUUUUCAGUGAUGAAUCACGUUGGAACUAGAUAUUUACUCGCCAAGUUUGGUUGUUGUUGCUGACCUAUAUUUGAUGCUUUUUGGAGAGUGAGAUUUGUGGCUUGGCUCUUGCCAGAGGUAUGUGCAGCUGGGAGCUUUACUGACAAAGUAUUAUUUAGUAAUCAAGCAUAUACGAACAAAAAUCCAAAUAAAAUGAUCUGGAGAAUAUGAAGCUGGUAAAUCUUGUAAACGGCCGAAUUCUAUCUAGAACUUUUUAAAGAUUCAUUUUCUUCUCCUGGUUAUUACUUUUGGAUUGCAUGGUUGGCAGGUUUGUGUUCAUCUAGUUAUUUGUGGUCAUAUAUGAAAUUUUAUGGAAGCUCAGCUUGUGCGUCUUAGUUAUUUAUGGUCAUACAUGAAAUUUUAUUAAAGCUCAGCAUGUGCGUGUUAUCGUAAUAAACAUGGCAUCCAUCGCUACAGCCAGUAUGUACAUAACGUGCUCUGGAAAAUGUGAGGUGGGAGUGUCUGUCCCUGCCACGCUAGUGAAGGCUGAUUUGCUACGGUGGGCUGAGCUUAUGACGUUCUAUUGGCCUUGACUGGGUAUGAUAAUAUCGGCCGUGCUUCUAAUGGAUGUGCGUCUGCUGUCCUCUGCGUUCUUGGGAGGAAUUUCGGCAGCACUAUUCUUGUAUAAGCUCUGCAGCUUCAUAGUUAGUGUCAGAAAUUUACAUCAGAUUGACUAAUCAUAUGACAGUUGAAUUUGGCAAUUCUGCCUGGAAACUGACGUCUUAUGAGUCCAUGUUUAAAUCUCAGAAAAGUUUUUGUGGUGUGGACCCUUCCUUUUUUAAUAUAUUUGUAUAAUAUAUGAACUCGUUGGAUUUAUGUGAAAACAUGUACACAAAGUCCAGAUCUAUCAAUCGAUACAAUUGUUAGU